AUUCAGCAAUUUUUAUUUAUUAUGCCUUCACCUCCAAAACCUUGGGAAGUCAAUAACAACGCAGCUUCAACUACUCCCGUUGUCUCUCAAACAACUACAACAGAUAUCACACCCACAGUACCUACUAGACCUUCUACUAUGAAUACAACUAAUACCUAUGGAACAAGUAAGUAGAAGGAAAAUAACAAGAAUACUAAGACUUGUUUAGUGGGAUAUGGAAACACAACCACUGGAUAUGGUGGCUAUAAUUCGAGUUAUAAUAGUCCUUAUAGUCGUCUAGGCUAUGGUGGUUAUGGCUCAAGUUACGGUGGUUAUGGUUCAAGCUAUGGUGGUUAUGGUUCAAGUUAUGGUGGUUAUGGUACUUAUGGAGGUAUGAAUUCAUAUGGAUACAAUCGAUUUGGUGGAGGAUACAAUCGCUUUGGAAAUGGAAUGUAUGGACCUGAAGGGCCUGAUGAAUCCAGUAUGACAAGGCGUAUGGAAUCCAGCACACGAGCCACAUUUGAUGUGAUUGAAUCUAUCGUAAGUGCAUUUGGUGGAUUUGCUCAAAUGCUCGAUUCGACCUAUAUGGCAACACAUUCUAGUUUCAUGGCUAUGGUGGGCGUGGCAGAGCAAUAUGGGAAUCUUCGACAUUAUCUAGGUAAUAUAUUCAAUGUGUUUGCUCUUAUUCGAUGGAUCAAGCGAUUGCUUUAUCGAUGGACAGGAAGAACACCACCUCCUGAAUUAGUCGAAUCAGAACAACAACAACAACAACAACAACAACAACAACAACAACAACAACAAGAUGUAGAAAACGAACCCCUUCAGAUAACAGAAAGUGAAGGGCCACGCGUAUCUCGUAAACGACCUGUGCUUCUAUUCUUGGCUUUAGUGACAGGGCUACCCUACAUUAUGUACAAGUUAAUACAACGAUCCAAUCACUAUAGACAACAACAAAUGCAACAAAGAAUGAUGAUUCCACAAUUCAGUGGUCCACCACCAGAAACAGCGCGAGUCAUGCAUGAUUUUGUAGCCGAGAGUCCUAUUGAACUUUCCCUUCAAAAAGGAGAUACAGUGCAUGUGCUGUCUAAAGUAGAUCCUGCGACAGGAGCACCUUGUGAAUGGUGGCAAGGAAGAUCAGCAAAUGGCACGGUUGGCAUUUUCCCUGCUAAUUAUGUACACAUUGAAAAUUAAACAG